GGUGAUCGAUGUGGAGGCAGUCAGCCUGCGACAGAAAAACAAGCGAGGAUAGGUCGGGCAGUACACGACCAGUCCAUGUUUUAAAAGAAAGAAAUAUUGUGAAACCCAAGGAUAGGUGGAUUUAAACGUCAUUUCUGCCGCUUUUACGCGGGCUUAGUUACUUAUUGUUUGGUACGCGGGGUCUCGUUUUGGCGUGCUGAGUGUGUCGCCGCUUGCCCAUUCUCACUGGAGUGAACACUAAGGGGGACUCCAUGAAAGAUGACAGAGGAGGUGAUUGUUGUAGCCAAGUGGGACUACACAGCCCAGCAGGACCAGGAACUUGACAUCCGUAAAAACGAGCGUCUCUACCUCUUGGACGACUCAAAGACCUGGUGGCGUGUCCGCAAUGCCGGCAACCAAACGGGGUACGUGCCGUCGAACUAUGUCGAGCGCAAGAACAGCCUGAAGAAAGGCUCACUGGUGAAGAACAUCAAAGACACGCUGGGUUUGGGAAAAACUAAGAGGAAGACAAGUGCCCGUGAUACUUCCCCAACACCAAGCUCAGACACAGAGUACCCCUCCAAUGGCAGCGGGGGUGGCGUGGUGGGAGGAGGAGGAGCUGCUGAAAGAAUCUACGACCUCAACGUCCCCGCUGUGGUCAAAUUUGCCUACACAGCAGAGAGGGAUGACGAGCUGACCCUGGUGAAAGGCUCCAGGGUCGUCGUGAUGGAGAAGUGUAGUGACGGCUGGUGGCGGGGCAGUCAGGCGGGCCGCGUGGGCUGGUUUCCCUCCAAUUAUGUCCAGGAGGAGCUCGGAGGGGUGGAUGACAGAGGGGAGGGAGACUCCUCACAGGGCUACCAUGGAGGCUCCCAGGGUACUUUGUUGGCCAAUGGGCGUGCAGGCGUCCGUGAUGAAGUGCUCCACUUGGUUCAAACACUCUACCCCUUCAGCUCUGUGACAGAUGAGGAGCUGAACUUUGAAAAGGGAGAGGUCAUGAAGGUGUUGGAGAAGCCUGAGAACGACCCGGAGUGGUGGAGGUGUAAGAACUCACGUGGCAUGGUGGGCCUGGUACCUAAAAACUAUGUGACGGUGCUGGACGAGCGGCCGGGCCUGUCCUUCGCCACGCAGAGCUCCCCACAGAACCGCUCUGUGGCACCGGCACGCUCAGGGAAGUUCGCUGGGAGGGAUUGGUACUACGGCAACAUCACCAGACAACAGGCCGAGUGCAUACUCAACGAGAGAGGAGAGGAGGGCGACUUCCUUAUACGGGACAGCGAGUCAUCGCCCAAUGAUUUCUCUGUGUCUCUGAAGGCAUCCGGUAAGAAUAAGCACUUUAAAGUGCAGCAGGCGGACGGGGUGUACUGUAUCGGCCAACGCAAGUUUGGCUCCAUGGAUGAGCUGGUGGAGCACUACAAGAAAGCCCCCAUCUUCACCAGUGAGCAUGGAGAGAAGCUGUACCUGGUCAAAGCGAUGCUGUGAUUCACACAUCCUCACACCUACACUGGAGCUCACACACACACACAUAAUACUAAUGCCACUCCCUAACUGUCUUAACUCAAGCCUUAGCUCUGGACCCUCUUGCUGUGGCAUCUGUGCUACAUCCAGAUCCUCAGUCACUCCUCCAAGUUUGUAAGUCUGUCGCCCUCCAGUGGUGAUGGGGUGAAACAACCCAGUAGUUAACCCCAAGAUGGUGAGCACUGUGCAAGAAAUACUCAACUACAUCCUUCAUGUAAAGCCCAGUGCAUAAUAAGCCUCUGUCUCUUGGAUGUGCUGCUAACGGAACGCCUGAGGCCUUGUUUGGGGGUUGAGCUCUCCUUCUGAUGUCAUACUUAAUGUCCAUUUACUACCACGCAAUUUGUAGGUUACACCAUUGCUCUUAAUCCACACAUGAGGACAGACGUUUAACAGUUCAAAGAAGGACUCGAACAUCUGAGGGACCUUACUUUGGUGUUUUCCUGUCAAUUUGCUUGCCAUAGUUUUAGUUUGUUCAUUUAUUUUUAAAAGAAAUGCUUGUUCCUGAGUUAACGUUUUGUUUUUUUAAAGCAAAUUUAAAUUCCUCUCUGGAGGUUUGAAUCAUUGCAUCUUUCAUACAGUGACUUCACAAAGUGACCAGAAUCACUCUCUUGCCUUUUUUCUCCUAAUUUUCAUCAUUCCUCUACAUGAUUUGUCUUCUUCCUUGUCUGCACAGACUCAGUCAUAGUGAUGUUAUUGAAAAUCUGGAUACAUUCUUCCUGUAAUCUUUCUAGAAGGCAGUGGGGGAGCAUUAAUGCAAUAGGGGAGACCUCCAAUUUCCUGUAGAGUUUGAAUGUUUAUCAACGUAACCAAAUGUGCCACCCUGUACCCAUACUACUGGCUCCAGGUCUGCACUGCACUCACUAUACUUUGAUUUGUAGCUCUGUGCUCAUGCUUUAUAUGCAUCACACUGAACAUGUUCCACUUCUGUUCUCCAGUAUGUAUCUGUUGCCACGUGAGGAUACUGACUGAAGAAUAAUAAAAACCUUUUUAUUAACACUUGAGUAGUUACACUUGAUCUGCUCCAGCUCAUACACGUUAAUGCAGUACCUCUUUUAGAUAGUAGGUAGUAUUUGUCAAAGAUGAGAAUAUCUUUGUGUAUCUUGUGAUUGAAUCUUACAGGGAAAGUGUCAUACACAGAAAACUAUACAAUAUUUUAAAUUGUUGACUGAGACCCCAAAUACUAAAUUUAACUAGGAUGUGACUCUAAGCUCUACACUUUGAAUCAUCAUUCAUAGCUCAUCAAAUGAUUUGGAAAUACUUGUUACUAAUUCAUGAAACCAGGUCUGUCUACUAGUCCUUGAACGGAGUUUGGAGGAAGAGUCAUUUUUUCUCUCCAGCCUUUCCAAAACCAAAAGCUUGAGUAAAAGCGUAAGGAAUGGAUUAAACGGUGUGUUUAUCUUCUCUAAUGCAAUCUUUAGCGUGCCCAGCUAACUAGCUUACUACCUACAGUAGUAACCAAGCGUCUCUUACAGGGCCAAACAGCACAUCCUUAAUUAAUUUGCCAAGUUACAGCUAAAAAAAUCCUUCAAGCAACAGGUAAGUUGCUGACAAUUUUGCGUGCUAAGCGGCCAUCUUUAUCAAACAGACAUAGCAACUGUAACUAAGUGGGAUGGAGCUUAAUGGUCAGUUUAUAAUAAGUCGUCUUUUACUGUCAAGAAACCAAAUGUACUGUCAUCCGGUUUAUAAUGAAAAAAUUAUAUUCUAGUUUCACCAAACAUUUUCCAUGUUUAUUUCCUUCUGCUAUGUGCAUUUGUUUACCAAUGGAAGUGUUGUUGAUCAUGGGGUCCUCAGCUUUUAUAUGAUAUAUCUGAAUGUUAUUGAGCAUUGUUAUUUAAUUCUUGUCUCCACUGUAUGUAUAUAUUCAAAAUAAGAUGAGGUGCAUAUAUGAAUCAUGAAGAUUAAACUAUGGUACUGUAUCACCGACGUGAUGAGAAUUGAAAUACUUUUGUUCAAUAAAUUUUUUUGAAGAAUUCUAAAA